UGUCAGGUUACCUCAGGCUCUGUUAGCAUGAAGUUACGUUAGUCCUCCAUCAUUAAAACCAGCGGAGGCUUUUAUUAAACUAACCCGCCUCUGGUUCACAUCAGCGGGCUUUUAUGGAGCAGCACCUCAGUGUUUAGGCGGAUAUUAUCCCCGGUGUUACGGCUCGUUUUGUUUUAUCUUUGUGGAUAACUUCAUCAGACGUAAAGUGAGGCGGGUGUCAUGGCAGAGGGAGCGGACUGUGGUUCAGUCGGCGCCGCGAAGAGGAAACAGCCAGCGCGGAAGAAGAGCCGGCAGAGCCAGCAGAAGAAGACCUCCAGCAGCCGGGUGAGUCUGGAGAAAGUUCUGGGUAUCAGCACAGCCAGCAGCAGUGGGUUGACCUCUGACCCCAACUCUGGGCUCAUUGCCUAUCCUGCAGGGUGUGUCAUUGUGCUGCUUCACCCGAAGAAGAACAAACAGAGUCACAUCAUCAACGCGUCCAGAAAACCCUUCAGUGCGUUGGCGUUUUCUCAUGAUGGAAAAUACCUGGUCACUGGUGAGAGCGGUCACAUGCCCUGUGUGCGGGUGUGGGAGGUGGGUGGAGGUCAGGUGGCCGAGGUUCAGUCUCAUAAAUACGGAGUUUCCUGUGUGGCGUUCUCCACCAACAGCUGCUACAUCGUCUCUGUGGGAUACCAACACGACAUGACUGUUAGCGUGUGGGACUGGAGGAAAGGUUCGAUCAUCGCCUCCAACAAAGUGUCCAGCAGGGUUUUCGCCGUCUCUUUCUCUCAGGACAGCAGCUACUUCGUCACUGCAGGAAACCGACACGUCAAGUUCUGGUACCUGGACGCAUCCAAGGAGCGACGGGUCAACAGCACGGUGCCUCUGAUAGGUCGGUCGGGUUUGCUAGGUGACCAUAAGAACAGCGUUUUUAGCGGGGUUGCCUGUGGGCGUGGCCUCAUGGCUUCCAGCACCUACUGCAUCACCAGCUCCGGCCUGCUGUGCCUGUUCAACAGCAGCCGACAGCUGGAGGCCUGGGUCAACCUCAAGACGUCGUCGGCCAGUUGUCUGGCGGCCAGCGAGGACUUCAUCUUCUGUGGUUGUGCUGACGGCCUCAUCAGGGUGUUCAGUCCAUCCAACCUGCAGUACAUCGCCACCCUGCACCGACCACACCGACUGGGAGUGGACCUCACUCAGAGUGUACAGCACGGCAGCCUGUCACCUGCCAGUCCAGGUGCUCAGUACCCUGACACGCUGGCUCUGACCUUUGACCCUGCUGCCAAACACCUGACCUGUGUGUACAACGACCACAGCGUGUAUGUGUGGGAUGUUAAAGAUGUGAGGAACGUGGGGAAGCUGUACUCUGCCUUGUACCACAGCAGCUGUGUGUGGAGCAUCGAGGUGUAUCCGGAGCUGGCAGAGGUGUCUCAGGCCUGUCUGCCUCCGUCCUCCUUCCUCACCUGUUCGUCUGAUAACACCAUCAGACUGUGGCACACCGACCCCCCCACCGCGCACAGGAACCUCUAUAGCAACGACCUGUUGAGGAUUUUGUAUGUGGGGGAGAACACGCAGCACCUCCAGGCAGAGGGGGAGAGGGCGGAGGCCGUAGGGUCUGAUGGGAAGGCUGGGAUCAGAGUGCUUGGUAUCAGUCCUGAUGGACAACACCUGGCAGCUGGAGACCGCUGUGGAAACCUCCGUAUCUUUGGUCUGGAGUUUCUGGACGAGUUGGUGAAGAUCGAGGCUCAUGACUCAGAGGUGUUGUGUCUGGAGUUCUCGCCCAUGUCCACAGGUGUGAAGCUGUUGGCGUCGGCCAGCAGGGAUCGACUAAUCCACAUCUUCAGCCUCGAGAAGAACUACAGUCUGGAACAGACUCUGAACGACCACUCGGCCUCCAUCACUGCCGUCAAGUUCACAGGUGAGAGUCCAGAGGUUCGAAUGGUGAGUUGUGGAGCUGACAAGAGCAUCUACUUCCAGACAGCUGAGCAGACGGCGGAGGGUUUGUCGUUCUCCAGGAGCCAUCACGUGGUGGAGAAGACGACGCUGUACGACAUGGACCUGGACUCAUCAAGGACACACGUCGCCAUCGCCUGUCAGGACCGAAACGUCAGGGUGUACAACGUGGAAACCGGGAAGUUGAAGAAGUGUUUGAAAGGCUCGUCCAGUGAUGAAGGAGCUCUGCUGAAGGUUCAGAUGGACCCGUCUGGGAGUUUCUGCGCCACCAGCUGCUCUGAUAAAAACAUCACCAUCUUCGACUAUGAGUCAGGAGAGUGUGUCGCCACCCUGUUCGGACAUUCAGAGAUCGUCACCUGUAUGAGGUUCAGUCAGGACUGCAAACACCUCAUCACUGUCUCGGGAGACAGUUGUGUGUUUGUGUGGAGGUUGGACUCUCAGAUGACCACCACCAUGAGGAAGAGGCUGGGCCUCAGACUGAAAGGUGCACCUGAAGCCUCCAGCCGCAAACAUCCGAACAUCAGGAGGGAGACCUUCAUCACUGUUCCCUCCUCUCAGCUGCAUCAGGUGGAGGAAGAGGAGGAGGAAGAGGCUGACCGCAGGACUCCAGCCAGACCGGACUCUGCUCACGACGCUCAGCUGCUUACGACCAACGGAAAACUGCCCAUGUGGUUCAGAAAACUGGGCCAGGGCGGAGCUUCCACUGCCAUCCAGUCAGACAUUGAGCCUCGUCAGGUACGGAGUCGGUGGACGGAGCAGCUGAACCCUCUGACCAUCUGCUCCGUCUUCUCCCCGAGUCCCACCAAGAGUCAAGAGGAAGAGGAGGAGGAGGAGGAAGGCUUCUACCCUCAGAGUCUGGAGAGUCUGCUGGGAGAGGAAGAGGAGGAGGAGGAAGAUGGCGAGGAGCAGGAGAAGGAGGUGCUGCAGACUGCAGGUGAGGACAGAAGCAGCUACAUCCUCUACCCCAACCCCAACACCACCUCUGACAGGGAGUUUGAUGUUGAAGCUGUGACCGACCCUCGGCGGUCUCUGACCCAGCUGGAGGUCAGAGGUCAGGGCACAGAGCCAGUGUGGAGCACUCAGCUGAGUCCAGACUCGGCCUGCUCUGAGGGGUCUGCAGGAAGUCUGGAACAGCAGCACGACACCGACACAGACUCUCUGAGUCAGGGCAGCUCUGUGGGCAGUUUGGGUCUGGAGGACGACGAGGACAGAAACUCUCUGAAGAACCACUUUGAUACUCUGGCCUCCAGCCUGAGCGAAGAGAAGUUUGACACUGACCUGAGGACUCUGCAGCCUCCAGAGGAAAAGCACUUCCUGAACCCUCGGCUCAGUAUCUCCACCCGCUUCCUGUCCCGCUUCCAGGACAGAAUCAGGGCAUGGCCGAGUCGAGCUCCACCUCCUGUCCUCAUCCCGACCAGGAUAUCGGAGGAGAACAACGUCAGCAACGCCUCGGUGAAUAUGGAACCAAGCAGCGACGUGGUGUCAACAGAGUCGACUCAGAAAGAAAACACCAGCGGCAGCAGCAGUGGUGGUGUGAGAUGCAGCCAGUCCAUCCUUCGUAAAAGAACCUCCUGCAUGAUAUCCCAUCAGCCCCUUCGCCGCCCAACACGGCGACGACACACUGUGGUGGUCGUCCAGUGCAGAGGGAUGCUGGAAGACAUCACCUCCAGGACGCUGAUGACCCACAACAGCAGUGUGAUGUCUGCAGUCCAGCAGGGGGCGCCACGGCUUGGAUACCUGGGAACCACAGCCAGCUCCAGGGCCAAAGUGAGCCAGGACCCUCCCACCUCCUCCACCUCCACCCAGGAGGAGGAGAAGGAAAAUCUGCCCUCCUCCUCAGACCCCCAGCCUCCUGCAUCCCCACUGUCUGCUGGUUUAGACCUCGACAGCACAAAACCUGACCCCCAGCAGGACCAGAGCAGCAGCGUUCCUCUGUCCUCCCACAAGUCUCAGGAUCCUGUACCUGCAGUAAGCCCUGAGGUAUUGGCCACGCCCACUGAGGUGAUGUCACAGGGCGGAGUUGGGAGGUGGAGCGUUGGCAGCUUGGAGGAGUCCCUGAUGAAUCAAAACCAAACACUAAUUGUUAGCCCCUCCCCCUCCAUCACACCCACAGCCACGCCCACACCAUGUGACAUCAUCACAUCCACCUCUGCCCCCGACGUCAGUACCUGCUCCGCCGCCAGGCAGGGAGACGGCCCGGGACAAACCAACACCAGAAUCCAGACUGAUCCAGAAUCAGACGAGUCUGCGGGAGCUGAUUCUUCCUCCUCUGCCCCAUCCACCUCUUCUUGUCCUCCGUCAGAAAGCCUCUGCGCUCCACAGACAGGUUCGGUUGAUGCUGAUGAGUCGGUGAGUGUGCAGCAGUGUCAGCAGGUGGCCAACGAGCUGAGACAGACAACGAGACGAGCCGUACACCUCUACCAACAGCUCAACGUGUCGGCUGGGACUGUGGAGCGGCGUCUUCAGAUGUCAUCUGUCCUGCAGGAGGCGUUUGAUUUCGUUCACUCUGAGCUGCAGGCUGUCCUGCAGGGAGACGGGAGAGGCAGCACAGCUCCCUCUGGUGGACUGGAGGACGAGAGGACAACGUCCCUGCUGGAGAAAUACUCGGACCUGUUGGUUCGGAUGACCCAGAACAAACUGAACCGAAUCUGACCCAGGACCAGCUGGUCGUCCGUUGGUAUGGGGGCUGAAAGCGGACAAAUUUCACUUUAACGUCAGCCUGAAUGACAGUUCUGCUGUUAAUUCAGUUCAACGACUGACAUCAGUAUUGAAUUUAAAGCACCUUACGUUUGUUUUGUAGCAGAAAACGGCUUUAUUUGUUUUACAUCACGGUCACUGUGUUUGUACAUAACCUGUAGUUUUAUAUGUUUCUUAAUAAAUGUUUAAUGUCU